UUUCUGUAUUUUAGUCAUUUCAGUUUCUCUCUGCGCUCUGACAGGUGCACAGACUCGCAGACGAACCGUCAGUUUCUGUGCUUCCUGUUUGGACCAUAAAGAUGUUAGCCGUCCACCUUGUCUCAUUCUUCUUCUCCAAACUUAAGGAGGAUCCUACCAAGAAGGUGGACAGGUUCCUGCACGCGAUGCGUCUGCAGGAUGAGCAGCUCGUCGACAUCUCUAACCGUUUUCUGGCUGAGAUGAAGAAAGGACUUUCAGCAGAAAGUCUGGCCGCUGCAGCUGUGAAAAUGCUGCCGACUCAUGUCCGCUCCACUCCCGAUGGAUCAGAGAAAGGACAGUUUGUGGCUCUGGAUCUCGGAGGCUCCAAGUUUAAGGUUCUCAGAGUUAAAGUCAGAGAGGAUGAGGGGAUUAAGAAGGGAGGAGUGGAGAUGGAGGAGAAAACUUAUCCAAUACCAGAGGAGCUGCAUGAAGGGAGAGCUGUUGAGUUAUUUGACCAUGUCUCAGAGUCUCUGAAGGACUUCCUGCAUGAAAAGAACAUGAGUCCAGAGAAAAAGCAUCCGCUAGCCUUUACUUUCUCCUUCCCAUGUGAGCACCCUAGUUUGGAUCAGGGAUUGUUGGUAAGCUGGUGUAAAAACUACAAAGUUCGCGGCCUUCAGGGGAAAGAUGUGGUCCAGUCCCUCAGGCAGGCCGUUGACAGAACCGGGGAUAUGGACGUAGAUGUCUUGGCAGUGGUUAAUGACACUGUGGCGACCAUGAUGACCUGUGGGUUUGAUGACCAGUGCUGUGAAGUAGGACUCAUUAUCGGAACCGGCACCAACGCCUGCUACAUGGAGGAGCUGCGUCACAUCGACCUGGUUCAGGGAGAUGAGGGCCGGAUGUGUGUGAACACCGAGUGGGGCGCGUUCGGAGACGACGGGGCGUUGGAUGAUUUCAUUACUGACUUUGACAGGGACGUCGAUGCAGCCUCCCUCAACCCCGGAAAACAAACAUUUGAGAAGAUGGUCAGUGGGAUGUACCUGGGUGAACUGGUGAGGCUGGUUGUGCUGAAGAUGGCUAAACUGGGACUGCUGUUUGAUGGGCAUGUGUCAGACGCUCUGAGGACCAAAGGGAAGAUAACCACUGCAGAUGUGGCAGCAAUGGAGGAGUACGUAAACGGUCUGAAAAACACCAAGGAAAUCCUGACUCACCUGCAUUUGACCCCUUCACCUGACGACUGCGUCGCUGUUCAGUACGUCAGCACCAUCGUGUCCUUCAGGUCCUCGAAUCUGGUGGCGGCGGGGCUGGCGGCCAUAUUAACCCGGAUCAGGCAGAACCGGAACCUGAGAGGACUGAGAAUCACAGUCGGCGUUGAUGGCACUGUGUACAAAACACACCCACAGUAUCCUAAGCGCCUCCAUAAGGUGGUGCGGCGGUUGCUUCCUGAUUGCCAGAUCAGGUUCGUCCUCUCGGAGAGCGGCAGCAGCAAAGGUGCUGCCCUCGUGGCAGCGGUCGCCCAGCGUCUGACAUCACAGAGGCGAAAGGUGGAUGAAGCUCUGUCUCUGUUCACUCUGAACCAAGAGAAGCUCCAGCUGGUGAAGUCCAAGAUGAGGGAAGGCCUGGAGGCCGGGCUGAAGAGCAACGGCUGCACCAUUAAAAUGCUUCCCUCUUUCGUAUACCACACACCAAACGGCACAGAGCGUGGGAAAUACCUUGCCUUGGAUCUGGGAGGAACGAACUUCAGAGCUAUGCUUGUGCGAUUUAAAAGACAAAAAUCCCGACUUUACCAUAAAAUUUACACCAUUCCCUUGGAGAUAAUGCAGGGAACUGGAGAGGAGUUGUUUGACCACUUGGCUCAGUGUGUUUGUGACUUCCUGGACUACAUGGGGCUGAAGAAAGUUCGCCUUCCUGCAGGAUUCACCUUCUCUUUCCCCUGUCAGCAGUCAGGCAUUGAUACAGGCACAUUGGUGAGCUGGACCAAAGGCUUUAAGGCUACGGACUGUGAAGGAGAAGAUGUUGUGAGCAUGCUCAGAGAGGCCAUCAAAAGACGCAACGAGUUUGACUUGGACAUUGUUGCUUUAGUCAAUGACACAGUUGGGACCAUGAUGAGCUGCGCCUAUGAGGAUCCCAAAUGCGAAGUUGGAAUGAUUGCAGGAACAGGUUCAAACCUUUGCUACAUGGAAGAACUGAAGAACAUCGAGAAGCUGGAGCAGAGCAACGGCAUCCUGAAGACAAAUAAACAGACGUCAGAAGGAGAGGAGGGCGAGGCUGCUGUGAAGUCGGACCUGAAGAUGUGUGUAAACACAGAAUGGGGCGGUCUGGGCGAUGACCACUGUCUGGAAGACAUCAUCACACCUUAUGAUGCCGAGGUGGACAUACACUCAGUGAACCCUGGAAAACAAAGGUUUGAAAAGCUGACCAGUGGGAUGUAUCUGGGUGAAAUCGUCAGACAGGUUUUACUGGAUCUGACCCGAAGAGGCCUCCUGUUCAAAGGACACGUCACCGAAACCUUAAAAACCCCCGGGAUAUUCGAAACAAAAUAUCUCUCACAAAUAGAGAGCGAUCGCUUGGCUCUGCUGCAGGUCAGGUCUAUUCUGCAGCAGCUGGGGCUGCACGGCACCUGCGAUGACAGCAUCAUCGUCAAGGAGGUGUGUGGGGCGGUGUCACGUCGUGCGGCUCAGAUGUGUGGAGCAGGAAUGGCGGCAGUGGUGGAUAAAAUCAGAGAAGACCGAGGGCUGGAGCGUCUGAGCACCACUGUGGGCGUCGACGGCGCUCUGUAUAAACUGCAUCCACAUUUCUCGCACAUCCUAAAAGAGACUGUGGGGGUCAUGGCUCCCCACUGCGACGUGACCUUCCUGCCGUCAGAGGAGGGCAGCGGGAAAGGUGCCGCCCUCAUUGCAGCCGUGGUGCGACAGAAGCAGGAGAUGUGACCGAACAGGACAGCAAAUAAUAACACUUCCCCAGAAACGACACAGAAGAGAGAAAAAGUGCAAAUAACUUUCAAUGUUAAGAGAAGACUGUCUGGUAACUUCUAUUAUAUUGCGAGACCUUAUAUACAGUAAAUAGUCAGCAUGCCCUGCCACAGGUUAUAUAGACCCUUAUGGUUACAUUUAUUUUAUUACUAUUUAACACCUUAGAUGAAGUAGCUUGUCAACAAAUAAGUAAUUUUCCCUGGGAGAUCAAUAAAGAAUAUUUAUUCUGUUCUAUUUCCUGUGAGAACAAGAACAUAUGAACAGAUUUCCUGACAGCCGUUCUAUUAACACCAGUCUAUAGCAUAAGUCUUUUAUUUCUUACAUUUCUUUUAUUUCUUCCUUAAAGGUGGUGUAUUAUUUUACAAAUUGCCUAGAGUCUGGAUAUUAAAAGUUAAUUAUUUCAAAACCUCAGUUCUUGGUUUGAGACUCAAUUUUGCAUUAAUGUUAGGAACAGGUAGUGAAUUACAAUUAAUAAGUAAGCUGUUCGGAAGCUAAAAUGAGCAAACUGUUAUUGGAGAGCCAACACUAAGAUACUUAAUUGUCAAUAUUUCACUUUAUAUGUUUAAAAAAGACUAAUUAUGGCAACUAUUGGUGCUUUUGGCCUCAAAAAGUCUCCAUAAAAU